UUACAAAAAAAAAAAAUAGUUAUAAUUUAUAAUCAGGCCUAUUUUCUACGCAUAAAAUCGGCGUUAUUGUCAAUUUUCCCAACGCAAAAAUCAGAGCAUCACCUGAAAGGAUUUUGGAUGAGCGUUUCCGAUGAUAAGUUUAGCGAUGGAGGAGACUCCGAGAUCCAAACCAAGUCCGUAUCAGGACGCAGCACCGGCUGGUCCGAGCUGACUCACGAGUGCUUGAUCAGCAUACUCUCUCGACUCACCUUGGAGCACCGAUGGCGAGGACCUAUGCUGGUCUGCAAGUCCUGGCUCAGCGCCUGCAAGGACCCCUCACUCCACUCCAAGUUCGAUCUCGAUACUCAUUUCGACUCUUCAUCUGAGUCGUCUCGCUGGUGGACGCCCGAAUUCGAGAAGAAGAUCGAUUCCAUGCUUCGUUCCGUCGUCGAUUGGAGCGAUGGCUAUAUCACCGAGAUCCGCGUUAGACACUGCUCAGAUCGCUCCCUCAAUUUUGUGGCAGAAAGGUGUCCAAAUCUUCAAGUUCUCUCAAUCAAGAGCUGCCCAAAUGCUACUGAUGCGUCAAUGGUUCAGAUUUCCUUCAAGUGCACCAAACUUAGGGAGCUUGACAUCAGUUAUUGCAACGAGAUAUCUCAUGAAUCUCUGGAGAUGAUAGGCAGAAAUUGCCCCAAUCUUAAGGUUCUAAAGCGAAACCUCAUGAACUGGUUAGAUCCUUCCCAACAUGUUGGAAUUGUCCCUAACGAUUACUUAAAUGCUUGUCCUCAAGAUGGGGAUUUAGAGGCAGCUGCAAUUUCCCAUUUUAUGCCUCAUUUGGAGCAUCUUGAACUUCGGUUCUCCAAGUUAUCAGCGAAAGGGCUUGCAUCAAUUUGUGAAGGGUGUUUGAAUCUUGAGUACUUGGAUCUAUCUGGGUGUGCAAAUUUGACGAGUCGGGAUAUCAUCAACAAGACUUCUGGUUUGAAAUAUUUGAAGGAGAUUAAAAAGCCAAAUUUCUACAUCCCAAGGUCUGUCUUCCACACUGAAAGAUAUGGCCAUUGGAGGCUUUAUGAUGAGCGAUUCCAGACGGAUGUUUUCCGAAUUUGAUCAGGUGAUUGUAAUUUUUGCAAGUUAUUAUAUAGAAACUUAGAAAGACAAUAUUUUUCAUAUGUCUGGAUGGUGGGUUGCGCAGCUAAUAACUGCUUAUAUUUGCCAUAACUGACAGCAUGUCUCAUGGUGCUGGACUCUGGGUGUUUGGCUUCCUUCAUGUUUGCUGAGUUGGUGGAUGUGUUUACUAUAUGCAUUCUUGUAAGCUGUCCUAGAAUAUUUUGCAUGUUUGUUGUGAAGUUGAUUUUUUGUAAAGCUUUUACAUUAUGCAUUUCUUACUCAUUCUUGCGCUGAAUAAGUUACUGACUAAAAUUUUGUCUUUAUACAUUGAAUAUUUUCAGAAUUGUUAGUUUUAUUUUGGUUGAAAA